AUGUCGACCGUCAUCUCCUCCAUAAAAAUCACCGACACGUCGUCCGACUCGGACACCAACGAGAAGAAGGAUGGCGUUACCGUCGAGGUAAACCCUCUCGGCAAGCCCUUCAAGGACACCCGCCGCUUCUUUUGGCAAAAACAGGUCAACAAGGAAAGCCUCGACGACGUCGCCACCCAGCCCAGCGAAAACCUCCACCGCUUCGACCCUGCCGCGCGAUGGACUUGGGCCGAAGAGCUCAAGGUCCUUCGCAAGAUCGACUGGAAAAUCAUGGUGUGGACCUGCAUCAUGUUUGUCGGUCUCGAAAUCGAUCGCGCCAACCUCAGCCAGGCCGUCUCGGACAACCUCCUCGACGACCUGAAGCUUACCACCAACGACUACAACCUCGGAAACACCGUCUUCUUCGCCUCUUUCUUGGCUGCCGAGCUUCCCUCCCAGCUCGUCUCCAAGUGGGUCGGCCCCGAUCGUUGGAUCCCCACCCAGCUCACCCUGUGGUCCAUUGUCGCCGCUUGCCAGUUCAAGCUUUCUGGACGCAGCUCCUUCCUAGCCUGCCGCGCUCUCCUCGGUCUCCUCCAAGGCGGCUUCAUUCCUGAUAUCAUUCUCUACCUCUCUUACUUCUACAAACAUCAUGAGAUGACCAUUCGUCUGGGCUACUUCUGGCUCUCCAUGACCUUGGCCGAUAUCCUCUGCGCCCUCGCUGCUGCCGGUCUUUUGCAGAUGCGCGGCGUCCUCGGCUAUGCAGGCUGGAGUCCUACCCAGACUGCGAGCAAGCUCCGCGGCAAGAAGGGUUGGUUCAACGAAAGGGAGGAAGUCAUCAUGGUCAACCGCAUCAUCCGCGACGACCCUACCAAGGGCAGCAUGCACAAUCGGCAGCCCAUCACCCCCAAGCUUCUCUUUAAGAGCAUCUUGGAUUUCGAUCUCUGGCCGAUCUACCUCAUCGGUCUCACGUUUUUGGUUCCCGGCAUGCCCCCUCGCCAGUACCUCACCCUCACUCUGCGUGGCCUCGGAUUCAACGUCUUUGAGACCAACUUGCUCACCAUUCCUUCGCAGAUCCUCGGAAUCCUUACCAUGAUGGCCAUUCUCUGGAUUGCCGAGCGCAAGAAGCAAAUCCUCCUCUUCGGCACCGUCCCCCAAAUAUGGAGUUUGCCCUUCUUAAUCUGGCUCCGCGUGGCUUACAAGCCCGGCGAAGAGAGAUGGACUACGUGGGCCAUUCUCACCCUCCUUGUCGCCAAGCCUCUCACCCAUGCCAUGCAAGUGGGUCUCGCCUCCCGAAACUCCAACAGCGUACGCGGCAGGACUGUGUCCGCCGCCCUCUACAACAUGUUUGUGCAGGUCGCGCAAGUCAUCUCCAGCAACAUCUACCGCGCCGACGAUGCGCCUCUCUACAAGCGGGGCAACAGCAUCCUCAUCGGCUUGGUUGCGUACAACAUUGUUCUCUAUAUAUCCGCCAAGUUGUACUAUUCCUGGAAGAACAAGUCUCGCGAGACCCAGUGGAACAAGCUCAGUGAUGACGAGAAGCUCAAGUACCUUGACCAAGAGGUGGAUGGCGGUAGCAAGAGGCUGGAUUUCCGUUUUGCUAGUUAA